GUGCAUGCAGUUUGUACACGUUUUGUAUGCUGUACGCGGUCGAUCCAGUUUAAGCCUGCAUUGUGUGCAUGUACUAUACUACUGCAGUGCAGUGAGAUGCUACAUUCCUAACAGCUGGGCGUUCGGAAGUAGACGCCUCCUAGAACCUUGUGGAGUUCGAAGUUCGGCGCACGCUUGUGAAAUCUUCUCCGAAACUUAUCAUGUUAUUUCACCGGGUAAUUAAUAGUGAUCAUCACCUACACGGUGACCAGACUUAAGACGUAAGUCCCUUGAGUGGGAUUUGUGAUAUUUUAGACUGGAAUUUGUCGUCGUUUUAGACACUAACUAAAAACAGAGAGCAAGGAACAGACAAUGAUGAGGGAGUACAAAGUUGUGGUGUUAGGUAGCGGCGGAGUGGGCAAGAGCGCCCUAACUGUACAGUUCGUCUCAGGCAACUUUGUGGAGAAGUAUGACCCGACCAUCGAAGACUUCUACCGCAAGGCCAUCGAAGUGGAGAACACUAUGUCUAUUCUUGAGAUUCUUGACACUGCUGGCACUGAACAGUUUGCUUCCAUGAGAGAUUUGUAUAUCCGAAAUGGUCAGGGGUUUGUGGUUGUCUACAGCGUGACGAACAAGCAGAGUUUUGGGGACGUGGUCAAUCUACGAGAACAGAUUAUAAGGGUCAAGGGAUCCACUCAAGUCCCACUGGUUUUAGUGGGAAACAAGGCAGACUUAGAAAAAGAAAGACAGGUUCCUACCUCUGAAGGCGUGAACUUGGCCAACAAGUGGAUAAUACCCUUUUACGAAACCUCUGCCAAAAACACGAUGAACGUUAAUGAGGUUUUUGCUGAGUGUGUAAUGGAGAUCAUGAGGCUACUUCAACCUGGGAAACGGAAUAAGAAAAAGUUGUGCAAUGGAUGCAAUGUGCUGUGACCAAGGAAGUCUUCCGCCGUAGAUGAAACAUCGCCAUCUUACAUAUGGAAUCACAUACCACCUUGAUGGCUGUAUUACAUGUAACUGUGGAGAACAGAAACACCAUGCUCAUUUUCUGAUCCACACCCAGAGACAUUUGGAAGUUAUAUUUUUCAUUGGCUAUUUAUGUGCAAGCAUGCGUACAAGGACCUUGGAGAACCUUAGUUGCUGUGGUAGUAAAACUAUGCAAUGUCUUGAUUGUCAUGGAGUUGACAUCUUCAUCAAACCGUACAUGUACGAUAGCUUGCAAAGGAGAAGUUGGAACUUGGAGAGACAUCUAGGUGACAACUUCUUUUUGAAAUAUGUACAUGUAGGAGUGAAGUUAAGUUAAAAGAGAGCGUUGAAUCAUUCAUAGAGACUGCGAAAGAAUGAAGCUUGUAAUAUCACAGUGCUUUUAAAAAUGUGUGUAAUGAUACUUUGUGAAAGGAUGCCAGUAUCAUCCACCUGUCUACCGUAGUUUGCAGAGACUGGGUGACAGUUUCAGCCUUUCCUAUUUAUCAGUCUAAUUUAGGGCGAAGUGGAAAUUUUCUUUGUCUCAGGCUACAGACCCUGGUUAAAGCGUCUAGGAUUACUGAUAUGUCUUCUCUAAGUACAGUACAAAGUGGUACAGUAAUGGAUACAUGUGCCGCUCUGACUUCAAUGUACAGAAAAUGGGUCCUACAACCAGUACACGUACAUACAGAAUGCAGUCUAAAUGCAAGUAUGGCAGGAAAUCGAUCUAGUCGUGAAUUUGUCCUCUGCAGUGAAGUGAGGUAAGCCCCCUAUCGAGACUAGCGGGAUUAAUUCUUCAGAUUGCUGUCUCUCAUUUGGACAGGCCUGGAUCGGCCUGAAGGAGAAAAAUCAAUUCCAGUGGAAGGUUUUAGCCAAUAUUUGUGAGACUUCUUUUGCCCCAGAACUCAUCCGCCGUGCAUCAGGUGGCUGAUGUGAGGAGAGACAACACUGUGGCGCCAAUUUAUCUCCCACAGGAAAAUCAUCAUCUCAGAGGAGUGACCUCAGUUGCGCUGCAGAGUGCCAGGGAAAGAGAAGGAACAAAACAGGGAAUGUGUGGAGUGAUAACAUAAACAUGGCAAUUGUCAACUGUGGGUGACCCGUUGAAAUAAUGCAAUGGGAAUAAAAUUGUUUGUAAGCAAAUAUGGUGAAAGGUUGAUGUGGUAUAAUUUCAAAGAGGUAAGACAACAUUGCACAUCCUUCGCCUGUCGUGAAGCUCUUAUACAGUAUGCUAUGCUUUAAAUUAAGGGUUUGAUAACUACAUGUACAUGUAGAGGGUUUGUUUAAAAACGCAGUCUUUCUCUUCAUUUUACAUGUAUGUCAAAUUCUCUGGACUCUGGCAGCUCAUUCUGAUGAAGGAAACUGUUUCUAACAUCUUGUUCAAUGCAUAUUUGAUACUUGUACCAAUUUAUUCAUCCUGAACCAUAGGUUGGAGGCUGUAUUUGUACAUGUACAUGUACCUUCUGGUGGAGUUUGGAUGAUGAUGUGAUUCAUAUUUGACAGGUGUGUUAAAUUCCAUUUAUUGGUGUUUCAGAGCCAUUCAGUACUAAAUGAAUGGGCCCAAACCAUGCUUUUGAACCAUUUCAACCCCUAUAGGUGAAGGCAUAACUGUUAAUUAAAGUAUUUGUUGUGACUCUUGAAAGAGUAAACAAAUGCAGUCAAAGUUUUCUCCAGAAUCAGACCCAUUUUGUCAAUUUUGUGCCCAAAACAAUAGUGGAAGAGCCCUUACAAUGCAGCUGUAUGGCCAUGCGUGUACAUGUACAUGGAAGCUGGGCUAUGUAUAUUUCUCAACAUUAGAAGUUGAGGAAUCCCUGGUGUCUAAGAGAGGAAAUGGCCUGUAGAGUUGGUUAGGCCUGGUUCCCUCCUGAUAAUCAGGCUGACUGAGCCUCCGUUUCCUUUUAAAUUCCCUCCUGAAAUUAUUGCUACAACACCUUGUUUGCAUCAAUGUGUACAUAUGUCAAAUGAUGUCAUCAGCAGUGUUCACUAGACAAGCAUAUAUUGGCUGCUCCUCUGCCCCUGCUCUGUAGAGAAAGAUAUGGGGAUGGGGUUCCCUUCCUGUAGUAAAUGCUAUAGACACUAAAGAGUCGGGACAUACAUGUACCUGCAUUAUUGUGACAAGUUUUUGUCAGUUUACUCAUCUCUAGAUCAUCUCAUUCUAUUGGUGAUUUUAACUUUCAAUUUUUUGCUCUGCAUUUGUUGCUUUUGCCUUUAAAUUCUCUGAUCCAUUUCCCCCAAACUUACAUCUCGUGUGAAGCUGGAAGCCUGUACUCCUUGAAUGAAUCAAUGUUGCCUGAGCACAUGUGAGCCAGUUCGAUAUUCCAACAGCGCAUGCCCAGUAAGAGGCUGUCUGGCAACAGCUAUAAUACGAUAUAACAGCUAUAAUGGGAUAGUCUGACCUAUCAGUACAGCCAUGCGCUGACUCACGAAAGACCUUGGCUUUUUGAAGUACCAAACUAGCUUAUUAUACAAGUACCAAGUGCAUAGUGCAUACAGGGUCCACCUUAAAUCAACUCAGUGUCACAGUGUAUGUACAUGUAGUUGAAACCUUGAAUUAUGAGCACAUACAUGUACAUUAUACAUUUCACAAUGUAUAAUGUCUGUAUGGUUCAGUGGUUCAUAGUUGAAUCCAUCUGUUACUGUGUUUCUGUGACAUGAUAUACUAAUGUUCAUUGUUCUAUGAUGACGAGUCAUAUUAAGUCACUUUCACAAAUUUGUUGGAAAGUUAACUCAGGUUCUAGUAGCCAGAAUGUCUGGCGGAAAAAUAUGGCAAGCCCUCUACUCAGUCAUGUUGUCUACAUAGUGCUGCAAAAUUGUCUUAUCAGUAGUUAUUUCUUGUCCCAUGGAUUGUUUCCCGUUUGGAAUGUUCUAUGCAGUUAAGAGCCAAAACCACUGUUUGGAAUAUUCUACGCAGUCGAGAGCCAAAACCACUGUUUAGAAUAUUCUACGCAGUCGAGAGCCAAAACCACUGUUUGGAAUAUUCUACGCAGUCGAGAGCCAAAACCACUGUUUGGAAUAUUGUACGCAGUUAAGAGCCAAAACUACUGUUUGGAAUAUUCUAUGCAGUUGAGAGCCAAAACCACUGUUUGGAAUAUUCUACACAGUUAAGAGCCAAAACCCACUAGUUGGAACACAAAGCUUGAUAUUCAUACAUGUAUAUGUACAUCUUGAUUGUUUCAGAGGAAAACAAAUUGACAUGUACUAUCCAUUUGUGAUAUAGACGUUCAUUUCUGAAACUUACAUACAAAAUAUACAUGCAUUUUAAACCUAGCUUUUUUCCUGGUGACUUGUGUAAAGUGGAAAUUAAAAAACCAUACUCUAUACAGGAUGAUGCAAAAUCUUAUAAGUAUGCCUGGUUGUUCGAAAGUUUUCUUCUAGCAUAACGUGCAUAAGUUCAAGUUUCAAGCUGCUGCAACCAUUUUUGGUCUAGGUUUACAAUACAGAAAGGUCUUUAUUCUAGCCUUGAACAUCAUGAGUACCAGACUGUCAUUUUCACAAGCUUUUGGGUAGCCAAAAAUCACAACUUUAGAUAUGUCGUAGCAUUUUAAAGCUUCAGUAACAUGUAAUUGGUAGGAAGUCUGGGAAAGGCCAAGGUGAAAAAAGGUUGGAAGUGGUCUUCACUUUUCACUCCUGUGUAUAGGAAAACAUGCAAUAUCUUCAAAAUGGAGGCUUGAUAUGAUGAGUAUUAACAAUGUAAAUUUGUAAAAUAAAGUUGUGUCUUCAUGAAUAUAUAUCCAUAAAGGUUGUGGUUCGAUUUCAGAGGGAAUUCCAUUUCCAUUUGUAGGGCAGUGUCAAGUAUUUUGUUGUGCUUUAUAUUGAUUUCCCUUUUGUUUUCUUUUUAUAUUAACACUAUCUAAUUACAUUUUUAUAUUACUAUUUCUGUGCGUAAUAAUAAUUGCGUUGUCACCCUCCCAUACCUUAAUUUUAAGCCCAGCCUUUCAACUUUGAACUUUCUGCAUACAUGUACAUGUAAAUUACAACUUGUAGUAGAAGGUUUAAAUGUGCCAGUAUCUUUGUACAGACUAACUGGAUAUGUUAGAGACCUUUAGUGUAGAUCAUACAUAGAUUUUAAAAAAUAAUUGUGAUAUGUGUACCGUAGAUGCAUUAAUUUAAAGGCCAAAUGUUUUAAUCAAUGCUGUAUCUGUAAGUGAUUAAAAACACAUAGGUUUUCUCAUUUGCCUUGUGUUACAUGUAUUUCAUCCUUUGUAAUUAAAAGAAAACAAAAUACUUUAAAAAUACACUGUAUUUAAAAAGUAUUGACAAAUUAUUUUAAUGAAACUGUAAUAUAAGCUAUUUUUAUGAUGUAAGAAGAUACGUGUAGGGGUAUUUUUGAUCCUCAACCUGAAAAAUUAAGCAUAGAUCAUUUUUAGAUUUUUGAAGAAAUGUCAGUGCAGUCAUUUACAUUUUCUCAGUCCAAAUGCAAAGAUUUUUGAUGAUUGGAUUGUCCACAAAUUUAUUUCCAGUGGCUUCACAAUAGUGCAUGGUGGUAAUGAAAUACUUCUAAUCACACACAGCGAUAUCCUAAGUUUGGAAUAUUUUUUCCCAUGUCAUGUUGGCCUGAAUUUAGGCUUGGUUGCCAUGUCUCUGUAGAACAUGAACCCAGGAAACUUUCCAACUAAGGAAGAUUAAUGAGCUUGUUUCACGCUUAAACACACUCUUGUGGAACAGCCAACAAUUUGUACAUGUAGGUGCACACUUAUAGGUGCUUAUUGUGAGCAUGGGGUGGAAGUACAUGUACUUCUGUAUGUGUGGAUGAGUGUGUACGUAUGCGGUAUAUACAUGUAUUUACAAUCGACAACACACCAUAGACACUGCACUGUAUGGAACCAUAAAAGAUGUACAUGACUGUAAUACUCAAGUCUAUUCAGAUUUUUGAACAAGCUGUUUGAAAGUUGGAACUUCUGUCAUAUUAGUGACACACAAACAAAAGUAAAAAUGUAAGUCUAAUAUGAGAGAGCAUACCUGUACAUGUAUAUGACUAAUAGCUCAGGUGGAGCCACAUACCUGUAAAUUUAUUACUCUGUUGUGAUGAUAUGAUACCAUCUUUGCACUUAUGCUUAAGAAGAUACUGACAAUUUAAUGUACAUGUAAAUAAUGUAAAAUUGCCCAUCUCAAAUUUUAAAGCACAUGAAUGAAAAUAUGUGGCAUUGCGGCAGAGCUUCAGUGUUAGUAAACACUGGUACCAAUGUAUAACUGAAAAUUGUGAAUUUUUCAACCAUUAAGAAGAAUUAUUAACACCAAAUAGAAAUUUUCUUUUGAUAAUGGUAAUACAUUGAAUAAACCACCACAGCGUUAACUGGUGCUGUAUUGUACAAAAGGCCACUUUUUUAUAUAGGGUUGAAUUUCAGUGUUAAUUGAUGUUUGUAUUUCGCUUCGUCAUAUUUAGGAAACUGAAAUUCACAAAGUUUGAUCUAAAGUUGUGAAUGAGCAAGAUUUGGUUGGCAGUUGUCAGCUUACAAAAGCAUUUCAUAUACGUGUACGUACAUCAUUGUGUAAAAAAAGAGUUAUUGACUGAAUCAACAACAGUAACAUCAGUACAGAACACCAUCAAUUAAACCAUGAAAAACAUUCUUCUUUCACUUAAAAAUGCUCUUUUUCACUGUCUUAGAAGUAAUAGCUUUUGUUUGAUUCAUUAGUUUUUUUUAUUUCAUUCCAAAAAAUAUUGGUGUCAAAGUUUGUAAUUUGUCUUUGUGCUGGCACAUGUUGGUCUGGUCUCUGUGAAAACACAACAGAGAUCUCUUUUAAUGAUAAUAUUUAGAAUGCUCACACUGUUUUUUUGUAAUCCUAAAUGAUUAUUUUCGCUGUCUGGCUCUCACUAUGGGCAUGGGAUUAAAUAUGUUAAACAUCUCCAGUUGUGCAUUAUGUGAAUAAAAAUGUUACAAACCUGCGCCAAAUAUUUCCUCUGGUUAAUUCAAGGCCACUACAUUUAACAGGAUCUUUAGUUGAAGGAAAUGACAUCCAAUUCUUCUUGAAGUUUAAUAUUUCAGGAUAUACUGUUUCCUGUUGCGUUUACCGAACCACUGAUGUGUCAUGUACACUUUAAUAUGAUAGGUAUUGCUUGUACACAUGUAUCAAGAAAUUAACAUUGUGUACAGUUGUACACUUUUGUAUGGAUGUAAUUUAAAAGUUAAACGUUUGGUUUGUAAUGAAACCUCAUGCAAUAAAUGCCUUGGAAAAUUUCUAUUUCAAUUCA